AUGACGAAACUCGCUUCGGAUUCAUUUCUUCCCUCUGGUGCCAUCGACGUCCCAACCAACGGGCCAAUAGGCCGUGCUGCGUCACAUUCUGGCUUUGAUGCCUCACAGCCAGCAUCAGCCAUGGCCGCCUCUGGAGAUGCCUACAACAACCACUACGGUCGUCAACCGCCCCGUCACGUCUCGAUUUCCUCUCCGAGCCAAAAUGCCACCAAGCAAAGCCCCUCGAUUUAUCCCCCCAGUGCGGACCGUUCGCAUCUCAACUUUCCACUAGCUGGCAUACACCUUGAUACGCCGUCACCGCUAAAUCUUUCCAACUCGAUAUCACCGGCUGGUGCUGUUGCUGCUGCUGACUCGGCCACACGCAAAACCGGUGGCUCCUUCCAUCCCAACCUUUCCUCGCUCUCACCGCCUGCUAGCUGGGACAUUGGAGGCGCUUCCCUGGCCAGAUCAGUGUCCGCUGACGCAUCAAUUCCUCCCCAGACGCCGUCUCGGGUAUUUUCUGGAUUGGGUGGUCAUUCAUCACUGGUCGAGAACUGGAGGUUGGAGAGAAGCAACCUCGAUGCUCUCAGACGACGGGCGGAGAAGCUGUACCGUGAUCAGCAGUCAGUCAUUGACGAGAUGAGCGAGGAAUGGCUGAAGGAGAAGACAGAAAUGUCAAAUCUCAUACAGGGCCUUAGAGAGCGUAUUCAACGACUAGAAGGAGAGAAUACCGUUCUCAAGACAAUUGCCUCGCAUACUACACAAAUCCCCGGUCUAAUAUCACCACACAACAGUUUGCAAAGCGGCAGUGGCGAUAUGCCAAACAGCCAUUCGCCAUCUCUCGCUUCGAACAAGUCGCCACCACCCCGACCUUCUGGGCGAAGUGCUAGUGAAACUUCGGCGUCGUUUGAUUUACCCCCUGGAUUAGACGGUGCCUCGCGACGGCCUCAUUAUUUUGCCAAGCACGGAGGCAGUCCUUGCAUCUCGCCGACUGCCGUCCCUGCACACGGCAUCCACAUACCGCUGAGUCCUCGCACAGAGCCUCAAAGGUCCGUCGCCACAGACUUCCUGUCAUCUUCGUCUCCAGAGACCAAUGGCGAUGUUCCUAUUAUCGAUGUCCGGGAAAUAGACCCCAAACUCGAAGGCAUUCCGAUUAAAGCCACCGCUGUCCAAAAAUCAACGUUUGAUCCAAUCUCAAACCAACCUGACAAAGUUCCAAGCCCUCCUGGUGCUGGUGCUCCCGCGCCAGUUGCCAGUGCUCGUAACGACGAGCAACACAAACAGAAGGCAGAGGUUUCGACCCGGGAGAGAUUUCGAUUCGAUCGCCGUCGAUCUGGUAUCACUCCGCUCGUCCCUUCAAAAGAUCAAACAAAGCAGAUCCUGGCAACCGACGAAACUCGACGACUAACCAUGCAUGCCGGACAUACGCCGAACCACUCUUUGUCGCUAUUUCCCACCAUGACCGCUACUGAAAGCAGCUCAGCUGGAGCUCGGAGCCAGGAGACCACACCGACCGCAUGGGCAUCUUCGGGGUUUGCUGACCAGCACGAAGAGACAGAUCCCAGUGACGAUUGCGACGGCAACCCCCGGAACCUGAAGGAGAACGUCGAUGACCACAACGAUCAGCUGGAUGGGGGUAUUGAUGAAGACCUCGAGGCUUAUCUGGAGCCCUCUGAUGAUGUUCCUCUAAAAGGUCCGCUCAUGAUCAAGAACAUACCGGCUCAGGAUGAAAUAUUUUGGGAAAAGGUGAAUCAGAGGCUAGAUCCCAUUAGUCGCGGCCAGGACGCACUUCCUAAGGUCCUCCAGUCACCGGAGCACGAAGCUCCCCACAACCCUCUGGAGGCAACCCAGCAGACAUUUGGACCCGUUCGGAAGCCGGACAAUGAGAGUGCUGCCGUGGAAAGCGAUGAUGAAGCAGGAGACGGGAAGGCCACUGUUGAGCCAGAUGUGCCACUCAAGUUCAGAAGCACUUCCAAUUUUGGUGCGCCUUUUGGCAUUGUAUAA